AUGAAGUCCACUGCGGCGGUGCUCACAUGCCAGAAGGAGGCGACAGACUGGCCACUGUCAUCGAAGCCAGUCAUUUGUGUCAGUGCGAUGGACAGCGCAUUCACCGUAUGUCCAGGAGAUGAUCUGGAUAAGUCCAGUCAUGACAAGGAGCUCGGCAGCAGCGUGCACACUCACCGCCAGCUGUUCUCCAUCCCAGACUAG